AUGUCUGGCAGUCUCAGUCUAACACAGAUGAGCGACGGCACCGCCGGCACCAUGACUGCCACAGAACAAAACACACCUCCCGCAAGCCCCAUCGGGAUGGAUACUGCCAAUGCACCCGUGGAGCAACCUGCAGAGCAACGCCAUGGAAAACAGAAGAUGAAUUUCUGGGAUGAGUACGGUCAUGGCAUGGUUAAGCACAAAAUUGAGUACGUCAGCGCCACUUCGGAUAGGUUGAAACGAGUGUUCGACAAGGAAAUCGAGCCGAUAACCGACGAGGAAGAACCUGCUGUGUUCGAAUACAUCGAGGUUCGAAUUGCAGAAGACCUACACGAAACCGACACGAAAGAACAUGAGCCCAGGAAGUAUCACACCAAGUACAAGGGCAAUGCUUACAUUCGGGUCAUUUCACCGGCAGUCAGUGAAGCCUUACGCUGCGUGGUUGACUGCUAUCCAGGUAUCGACUUGGGCAAGAAUGUCAUCACUGUACCAGAGCCCUUCUGUGUAUUUGUCCAUUACGAGAAGGAGCUCACUACAUAUCGUCAGAGGCUGGAGCAUAGAGCAUCCACCGAGCCAUCAUCUUGCGCAAACAGGUUCGCAUACAAACAUAUCGGCAUUGUUCAGGAAUUUGUGCGACAACAGACUUCUUCUGCAGUUGAGGAAGAACGAGAACGCCAUGCGAGAGGAUAUGCAACAUUCCGCAUGCUCUGGCUUCUGUACAAGCCAGGGUCAGAGGUUUAUGUUGAUUUGGAAAGGGCGGGCGACCCUAAUCCCUACAUCAUCAAAGAAGUUGAUUUCACGCUGGCCAACGGUAGUACCAGCAUAUAUCACAUCCGCUACUGGAAUCUGGAUGCAAAUGAAGAAUUUGUUUUUGCUGCAGAUGAUGUCUUUCAUUUUGCGGAUUACCCAGGGGAGAAAAAGAUCGAUUCUUUACCGCUGUAUCCCUGCGAAUAUCUCCGGUUCGCUGAAGGCGUCACCGACCAGGACAUUCAGCAAAUCAGAGCUCACUUUGUGGAGCGUGGGAGGAAAUGGUAUAAGACGAGACAAAAGCCGCAGUGCUAUUACUUCGACGGCUUGACGACAAAUAUUCCACGUGAGCAGUACAGCAGUUUGGUCUGGGUUGAUCCAAUCCAAUUUGAUGCAGACUCAGACAAUACGAGGUCAAAUCAGCUCUUGGCUACACUUGAAUUCGCCCCUGGACCGCUCAAGAUUUGCUCUUGCGACGACUGCGAAAGGGACAUUUACAAACACGCCGUGACUCCCCGAUUCUCGGAUAUCUCGAAUCUCAACCCUCACAGGCUUCCCGAUAUGAGUGACGAACUGUACUUUUUGUGCAGCCCGGAAAUCGAAGCCUUCGUGUUCAAGACAAGAACCUGGCAAUUGCUCCACGCAGACGGUUUUCAACCUGCAACGUUCGAGAAGAACCUGUUUGAUCGUUUGGUCUUGAGUCCCGAAACUAAAGACCUGAUUCGUAAUCUUACCGCGAUGUACAUCAAGAACGACCUCGCAAAUCAACUCCCGACGUCAGAUGAGCACUUAUCGACGCAGAAUAUAACUACGAUACACAAGAAAUCGCCAAAGACCGGCGUGGAAACCUCAUGGUCCACCGACUUCAUCAAAGGCAAAGGCGAAGGGCUGACAUUCUUGCUCCACGGGAAGCCCGGUGUCGGGAAGACAUAUACUGCAGAAUGCAUUGCUCAGUACACCAGCCGCCCCCUGUUGUCCUUGACGACUUCUGACAUCGGUGUGCAUCCCGAUAAGAUUGAAGAUAACCUGACCAGAUGGUUCAAGCUUGCUGAAAAGUGGGGUGCUAUCAUGCUCAUCGAUGAAGCGGACAUUUACAUGGAGCGAAGAGAGGUUCGAGACCUUUCUCGCAACCAUCUCGUUGCCGGCUUUUUAAGAGCACUGGAAUACUACAAGGGCAUUUUGUUCCUGACUACGAACCGUGUCGGCACUUUCGAUGAGGCUUUCAUCUCCCGCAUCCAUAUUCAAAUCUACUAUCGCCCCUUUAGCGAUGAAGACCGCGAGAAAGUCUGGGACACCUUCUUCCAGAAGCUGGAGGAGGAAAGGGAGACAACAAUCCGGAUCAUGCAGUCGACCAAGGAUUACAUACAAUCUGACGAGCUCAAGGCCUUGGAAUGGAAUGGAAGAGAGAUCCGGAAUGCCUUCCAAGUUGCAGUAGCACUGGCAGAAGCUCGAGCUGAGAAAGAUUCGAAAGGCAAGAUCAUGAUCAAGCCCGAACACAUUAAAGCAUCCGCGCAAAUGUCGAAAGAGUUCAAGCAUUAUCUCACAAAGCUCCACAAGCAGGACCCCAGCAAAUUGGCGGCGAGUAUGGGUAACCGGUAUGAUGCCUUUGGUGAGCCGGAAACUCCUCGGGCAACAGGCGAGAAGAAGUACUAG